AUGGUAAAAUGUGUUACAGAUAAUAUGACAGAUCACGUUAGUGUAUCCACCAGUGUAAUGUAUCCCAGGUAUGGCCAAAAAUUGCUAAAAUUUGCAAAGGAUCCAGGAUACUAUGAUCCGCAAUAUACGGACUCAUGUCAUAAAAAUAAUAAACUUGACUCGAGAAAAAAUUCAAGUCAGGUCGAACAAUCUGGAUCAACUCGACUGGCUUGGAGCACUAGUUAA